GGACUUGAGUGGAAAGAAAAAGGGAAGGUGGAAGAGAGGAAUGCAUUACAGUGAAAGAAAGUAGUGAAGAAGUUUUCUGGAGAGCAGAUUUCUUUCAAAAAGGCGGGAAUAGAAACUUCUUUGACUUUCAUCAUAAAGGAUCAAGAUGAUGCCCGGGUCACAGGUCACAUUCCUCCUUAUCUUCCUGUUGGAGUCUGUCUGCGCUGCAUCUGUCAGUCCAUCAUUGCUUCAACCACCCGUCAAACGUAUUCCCAUUCCCAUCGGGGACUACGAUGAAGAAACCUCAAAGACGACACUCUCCCCGAAUCCGCCCGGGUUCACCACCACCCGUACUGUCCACCAACUUUGUGACUAUGACCCCUGUGUGGCUCAGACGACCCCUUGCUAUGUGACCUCAGAACAGACAGGGUGCCUCUGUCCUGGGCUGACGGGUCCGGAGGUGCGGCCUGGAGCUCCAGAACUUCGGGAGGUGAAAUUGGACCGCACGGGCAAGGUGAUCGUGCACUGGUGCGCUCCACUCUCAACAGUCACGCAUUAUAAAGUCAUACCUAAAGGUGGAGAAGGUCAAGAGAAGGUUUACGGGGAAUUUUUACGGAACAGUUCUGUGCCCGGGCUAAAAGUUGGGGAUACGGUGUGUGUGGUGGCCAUCAAUCAGGCAGGGGUCAGCAAAGAGGAGUGUGCCAGAUACGAACCGCCGCAGCCCGAUCAAGCUGCUCUUACCGCAGUGAUCAUCGUCGGGUGUGUCGGCUUCCUUGUGCUGGUUUUAUUGGUUGCUGUGUUGCUAUUGCGACAAAGGUGUCGAAAGAGCAGUAUGGGGGAAGGGGAGGGACUCGGUAAUCCAUCGUACAUGAAUGAUGGAGCACUGUAAUGACAGACAGGAAGUUUUGUCAUUGCACAGGAAAGAUUCAUAUGCUAAAUGCAAACGUUUCCAAAUGAUAAGGACAAUGGAACUGGAAUGCAUAGAGACUGAGUAUUGUACAAAUAUACACCUAAAAGUGUAUUAGUGCACUAAUGUUGUGUGUCUGACUGACAAUAAUGCUAGCUGUUUUAGGUCCACAACUUAACUUCUGUGAUUGGUUCUGAAUAAUUAUUAUUGUGUGAUUGUUUAUUAUGUUUGAAGUUAACGAAAUCAACAUUUUUCCUAUUUCUGGUAUUGUGCACGAUUCUACUGAGCCCCUUAGAGGACAGGGAGGGAAUUUAUUUACAAGUUUUGUGUUCUAUUACAAUACCUUUAUACAUCCCUUAAGUAAAUGAAUCAUGGUUUUACUACAGUUAACAUAAUUGAACUAUGGUAUUUGCAGUAAAACCAUAGUAAUCACAAAAUGUACCAUGGUUUUACUACAGUAACCAUAUUUUGACCAUGAUAAUUUUAGUAAAACCUUACUAAUAAGGAAAAGGAAAAAGGAAAACCAAAACUAUGGUUUUACUAUAGUAAUACAUAUUGUGAGGAAAGCAAAACUUAUUUGCGAGGGAGCACAAACUAUAACGACGGAACACCAAACUUAUUUUGAGGGAACGCAAACUACUGCAAGGGAACACAAAACUUCUUGUGAGGGAGUGCAAAACUUAUUGCUGGGGAAUGCAAUCUAUCACGAGGGAACACAAAACGUAUUGUGAGGGAGCGCAAAACUUAUUGUGAGGGAGCGCAAACUAUUGUGAGGGAACGCAAUCUAUCACGAGGGAACACAAAACUUAUUGUGAGGGAGCGCAAAACUUAUUGUGAGGGAGCGCAAACUAUUGUGAGGGAACGCAAUCUAUCACAAGGGAACACAAAACUUAUUUUGAGGGAGCGCAAAACUUAUUGCUGGGGAAUGCAAUCUAUCACGAGGGAACACAAAACUUAUUGUGAGGGAACGCAAAACUUAUUGCUGGGGAACGCAAUCUAUCAAGAGGGAACACAAAACUUACUGUUAGGGAGUGCAAACUAUUGUGAGGGAACGCAAUCUAUCACAAGGGAACACAAAACUUCUUUUGAGGGAGCGCAAAACUUAUUGCUGGGGAAUGCAAUCUAUCACGAGGGAACACAAAACUUUUUGUGUGGGAACGCAAACUACCGAAAGGGAACGCAAAAUUUAUUGUAAGAGAAUGCAAACUUUUGCAAGUGAAUGCAAAAUGUAUUGUGAGGGAAUGCAAACUUUUUGUGAGGGAACGCAAACUAUUGUCCGGAAACACAAAUCUUUUUGCAAGGGAACGCAAACUACCACAAGGGAACACAAAACUUAUUUUGAGGGAACACAAACUACUACAAAGGAACGCAAACUAUUGUCAGGGAAAUGAAAACGUAUUGCUGGGAAACACAAACAAUUGCGAGGGAAUGCAAACUACUGUAAGGGAACACAAAAAUUAUUGCUUGGGAGUGCAAAGUACUGCAAUGGAACGGAAAACUUUUUGCAAGGGCACACAAAACUUAUUGUGAGGGAACAUACACUUUUGCGUGUGAACACAAAACUUAUUGUGAGGGAACGCACACUUUUGCGUGUGAACACAAAAAUGAUUGUGGGGGAAUGCAAACUAUCGCAAAGGAAUGCAAAACUUAUUUUGAGGGAAUGUAAACUAUUGCAAGAGAACACAGCCUUAUUGAGAGGUAAUGCAAACUUUUGCAAAGGAACGCAAACUAUCACGAGGGAACGCAAAACUUAUUGCUGGGGAACGCAAACUUUCACUAAGGAAUGCAAAACUUAUUUUGAAGGAACACAAACUUUUGUGAGGGAACACAAAAUUAUUUCAGAAGAUAAAUGAUCUCCCUGUCCUCUAAUCUUUCAUCAAAAUGUUGAAACUUUUCAGCUUCUGAAAUGACAUUUACGGCUGAUAACACCUAAUGUUAACCAACAACCAAAUCGCUGUUCAGGCAUUGUUUUAAGCUACUGUCAUAGGUAAUACAGCCCCACCCUAAUGUUUUUGGGUUUUUUUUAGCGUCGAUUAUUCUGGUAAUGUGGUGAAUGGCUUUUAAUGUUGAUUUUAAUACCACUUAUGGUACUUUAACAUUUAGAAGUUUGUCUAAAGUAUCUGUUGUACAGCUACUUUUAAUUAGAGAGUAACUAUUGAAAACUAAAUCAUCUUUUUUAAUUCACUUUUUAACAAGUGGUUUUUCAAUAAAAAUAAAGAAAACAAAUAUAGCUGAAUUUAAAGUUUAUUGAAACUCAAAUGAAAAGACCCUCUUUUGGGCAAUUUCAUACAUCUACUGGUGCUAAAUUGAAAAACUGGUUGCUCAUGCAUUGUCACUGUUGUUAUAAAUGCUGGCAGAAUAUAUGAGCAAAAUGCGUUGGGACUUUUACAGAAACUCACUGGUAACGUGUGCAGAGGCUUCAUUGAGCAAUGCUGAAUCAACUGCACGCAACAGAUUCAGAUCUGGUUAUUUUCCAUCCGGCUUUGUCAGUCAUUUCUUCCUUUUGCUAACUACUAAUUUCAGUUUAUUGCUGUUAUAUAAAGUGUGUUUGACUCCCAGGAAGAUAUUUGCCUUCAGCAAAGACAGACAAUGCUAUCUUCCUAGUAAAAACGGAGUGGUAUUUAUUGCCUAGAACUCAUUAAGUAUACAGUAUAUGUAUAUGAUAAAUAAUAUCAUGCAGUAUCAAUACAUUUCAAUGACAAAUUACAAAUGAAAAGAAUGCAUUGAAGGAAUGGAAGUAUUUCUAUGCAUAUAAUAGAUUUAGCAGCUCAAUGGGUAAAGAUCUGGCCUGGUGAUGGAAGGUUUUAGGUUCAAACCCUAGAAACGACAGCACCUAAGAUUAAGCCUACCUUGAUAAAUGUUUUGGCUAUGUAAAUGACUAAUUAAUAUAUUCAUUUAAUGGAAAGUUGAAAAUGAAAAAUAUAUAUGUUUUAACAUUUGUACUGGAAAGAAGACUAAAAUAUAUAUUAAGAAAAUUACUCUUUUGCAGUGCACAAUAAAGAUCCUGGGAAAAGAGCAUUAAAAGAGAUAUUUUAUGGUGUUCAGCAGCUGAACAAAUAUUGUGUUUGUCCUCUGGGAAUUGAUCCUUUUUUAUACAUAUCCAGUUGAGCUCUACUGCUUUCUACUUUCAUUGUUUUGCCAUUAUUGCUCAGCAUAAUGACUUAAUCUAUUAUGUUUUCAUUAGUAAUCAGAACCAGAAUCUAAACCUCAUUGAGAAAUAUUGUAUUUAUCAAAUAAAUAUCAUUAAAGUACAUCUUGUCUGCCAA